AUUUUUCUACAUAUAAUACGUGUGUUGUGUUACAAAACGAAGACGAAGAAGAGCGGAGCGGAAGAGAGAUAAUUUUUCAGCUGUUUGUCAGUUCACGACUCAUUUGGCAAAGUCCUAUCGAAUCGAAUUGUGCGCUGUGCUGUGUGCCCGUGGCCUGCAGAAGCGGAUUUUAGUGGAUUGCUAGUGCCCUGGAAGUUGCUGACCUGUCCGCGACGCAUUGGCAUCACUGCAGAAGCAAACCAUCAACAUCAACAACAGCAACAAUAACACCACCAGAAGCAGUAGCUCCUAGGUAUAUCACUCACUCUCCGUGUUGUUUGUGCUGAUUUCGGGUGGAUAGGGUGAGCAAGCGGAGGAACGAUACUGGUGCUGAGGUUGGUUGUUGUUACCAUCAGAGUGAGAGCAGUGUUUUCGUGCGCAGAAGGAAACUUCGUUCUGGCCCGUCGUGGUGCGUGGUAUCUACCUACGACAACGACGACGACAUCAUCAUUCGCAUUCAAGAGACGACAGCCAGCGACGACAUAGUAGAGCAGAGCAAUAAUUGGCCUAGUGCAGUUGGCGGAGAAGUGUGUUUGCAACAUCCGGAAUCGGAACUUGUGGAGAUUGGAAAAUCACAAAAACAACGCAAGACAUCGGCUCUUGAUUCGAACCAGGAUCCCCGGAAGAACCAGCUCUCGCGGCUGGUAGUACCAAUUCAUCAGCGCGCUCGCUUAAAUCUUCGCUGUUCCCCCGUGUGCCGGCGCCCGCGCAACAAUGUCCUCGCCCAGUGCCGGCAAGCGUCGGAUGGACACCGAUGUGAUCAAGCUGAUCGAAAGCAAACACGAGGUUACCAUCCUGGGCGGUCUGAAUGAGUUCUGUGUCAAAUUCUUCGGACCUCGAGGGACACCGUACGAAGGUGGCGUGUGGAAGGUCCGUGUCCACCUGCCGGAGCACUACCCCUUCAAGUCGCCCAGCAUUGGGUUCAUGAACAAAAUCUACCAUCCCAACAUCGACGAAGUGUCCGGAACGGUGUGCCUGGACGUGAUCAACCAAGCGUGGACGGCACUGUACGAUCUGUCCAACAUCUUCGAAUCGUUCUUACCGCAGCUACUGACGUACCCCAAUCCGGUCGAUCCGCUCAACGGGGAUGCCGCCGCCAUGUAUCUUCACAAACCGGAGGAGUACAAGAAGAAGGUGGCCGACUACGUGCGGCGGUACGCGACCGAGGAAGCCCUCCGCGAUCAGGAACCUACCGAAAGCACCGACAGCGAGUCCAGCAUGUCCGAUUUCAGUGAAGACGAAGCGCAGGAUAUGGAAUUAUAACAACGGCUAGCCACGAUACUAACCAAUUAUUACUAUUAAAGGUAACAAAAGCGGCAGCGGAAGGGUGAGAAAAGAAAUCUUUUUACUAAAGUAAAUGUUUACGCGUAGGGUCUCACACUAUACAUUAAACAUUACACUCAAACACACACACACACGAACACUCGUACACUUCAUUGAGGAACAGGAACAACACACCAACAACUCUCAACGUGCUCUCCGUGCUGUAGGGGGAGAUUAAAUCUAUUAACAUUAUAGAGUAAAACUUACCAAUACCAAAAACAAACAAAAAAAAAAAAGGAAAAUGCCAGCAGCAUGAAUAACGAAACGAGUAAAUAUUUCGACUCAUUGGUCAAAUUAGAGUGUGCAUCUUAGCAAGUUGAAUAAAACCACUUACAGUGUGUCCUGUGAGGAGCCACCGUAAGCAUACAGUUUGGCUAUGUCCUUUCCUCUCUGGCCAUCCCUAGUUGGGGGGAAAAUAACAUACGAAUUUAGCUAGUUUCCCUUCGUUACGGACCACUCACUGUACUCUCAUCCACACAUCAAUUGCUACUACACCUAUACAUAUUACGAUCCAUCUCGUCGUCACGUCGUGCGCGGUUAGACUUUAAAUGUGCGGUAGAAUCCACUUGUUUUAUCCAACCAUUUACAUGUACAUGUACAUGUUUUUUUUUUCUUUCACACAGCUGAGCUUGAGUUUAGUAGAAUUUUAUUUACACCUGCAACUGCAGCAGCCGAUCUUUUAAAAUUGUGCGUGUGGCAAUAAUGACAUCACCCGCCUAGUUUUUUUUCCCUCGUCCCGAAUGGCGCUCUAGUUUUCUCAUUGAAUUGUUUUUUUUUUUAAAAAGGUCAUUCUCAAUUAUUAAUAACAAAUGGAUGUUGUGCGCGCGGGAGCAGAUUGUUUAUUAUUGAUUAGUUAUUAGUAUAUUAUUAAUAUAUAUGAUAGUAGGAAGUAAAUGAAAUAAGAAAAGUAAUUAUAACAUUUGAAAAAGAUGCAAAAAAAAUGACUAAAACUAAAAAUGUGAAAGCAAACGCGAAGGAAUACAAGUGGGAAAUUUUGAACAAAAAAAAAUUAAGAAGAAAAAUAUCGAAGAAAAUUUAAUAACUAAAGAAACCGGUAGUGAUUAAGCGAUGUUUGUAAUUUCGAUGAAUGAGAAUUAUUCUUUGAUGAGUACAUAGUAACAAAACAGAAGACCGAAAAAGUCGCAUAUAUUUAAACAAUAUUAAAUAAAAAUUGUGACAUAAAUUAA